AUGCCGGCGCUCAUCGUUGGUAAAGCUGCUCUUUGCCUUGUCCAGUUGCACUUAGAACUUGUAAAAGCCGGUGCGUGUAUGCUAACAGUGCACGGGAGGACACGUGAACAGCGUGGACCGAAUACGGGUUUGGCCGAUUGGUCGGCAAUGCGUGCUGUUGUGAAUGCUGUUGAUGUUCCGGUUCUAGCUAAUGGCAAUAUACAGAUCCCCGGUGACGUUAACCGAUGCUUACAAUCAACCGGUGCUAGUGCUGUUAUGAGUGCAGAAGGCAUUUUAUCGAAUCCAUAUCUAUUCGAAGAGCGACACGAGGUAAAUUGGCUGGUGGCAAAGGAGUAUCUUGAUUUCGCUGAGCGUUACGAAUCCACUGUAAGCACCAUCAGGGCGCAUCUGUUUCGCAUUUGUCAUCAUAGUAAAUUUGGUAUUGCAUAA